AUGUCUCCGUAUUCAUCUGAUCGGGUAAUGAAAGAGAGGUUGUGGGAGGUUAAAGGUUGCUUAACCCGAUGGAAGGAAGCACUUUUGGUGCUUGACUGGACCGAAGAAGGAAAGGGGAAGGAAACCAGCGGGGCUGCUGGUGGUCUCGGUGGGUGCAACGCGGGGCUGCUCAAGCAGCUUCUCGACUACUUGCUUCUGCUCCGGCAAUGGAUCACGAAGGGAAAGGGGAAGGUUGGUCUGAGAGGAUCAAGGAAGCAGCAACAAGUCAGGUGCAGGGGAGAUGCGAAGGAGGCUGUUGCCUUCUUGACUGUCGGAAAACUCCACCUCCAGUGGAUAUUUAUUAACUGA